AUGGAUGACGACAACAUCUCGACGUUCGUCUCCAUCACCGGAGCGAACACAGAUGUCGCGCGCGGGUUCCUGCAGCUUGCGAGCGGCGACUUUGAGCGAGCUGUGGGCCUCUACUUUGAAAACCCCGAACUGGUCUCGGGCGUCGGCGCCGGCAUCUCGGGUGGCGAGCCUGCUCGUACAGACGUGCCGCGACCUGCAACUGGACGGCCCAACAUAGGAAGAGAGGACUCAAGCGGUGUGAUUCACAUCAGCGACGACGAUGACGACGACAUUAUGGAGGUUGACGACGACGACGACGAUGAGGACACAGCUGUCGCGGCUGCGGCCGCGCGGGCACAGGAAGAGGAAGACGCGGCCAUGGCGAAGCGGCUGCAGGAGGAACUAUAUGGCGGCGGUGGUGCGGGCUCCGGCCCCGGCGCCGGGCCUGGCGCAGACGACGUGCGUGCCCCCAUCGCGCGGACAACGGAGACGCUGGUGGCGCCCGAUCCGUCGUGGGGUGGCGGCGACGACGACGGGAUGGGGUCAGCGCUCCUGGAGCAACUGAGAAGAAACCGACAUCCGCCUAGUAAGUCACGAUCUGGCGGUCCAUUUGGCCAGCGGAUCUGGGGAGACGACGGCGCCGCGCCCCGGACCUCUGCAGAGAACGGACCGCACGCUCGGAGACUCGAGGACCUCUUUCGCCCUCCAUAUGACCUCAUGGCUCGUGUGUCGUGGGACGAGGCGCGCACGCUGGGCAAGGAAGACAAGAAGUGGAUCCUGGUUAACCUGCAGGACAUGAACGACUUCAACUGCCAGGCGCUCAACCGCGACAUUUGGAAGGACGCCGCAGUGCGCGAUCUCGUCUCGGAAAGCUUCAUCUUUCUGCAGUACGACAAGGACUAUCCGGACUCGCAAGAGUACAUCACCUUUUACUUUCCCCAUCAGACCCACGAGAACCCGGACAACUACCCGCACGUGUCCAUUGUCGACCCGCGGACAGGCGAGCAGGUAAAGGUCUGGAGCGGCCGGCCGUUUCCCAACGCCGUCGAAUUUCACGCCGAGCUGGCAGAGUUCCUGGACCGAUACAGCCUGGACCUGAAUAGCAAGAACCCCGUGGCCAAGGCAGUAACGCGGAAACCGCAGGUCGUGGAUGUGGACCGCAUGACGGAGGAGGAGAUGCUCGAGAUGGCGCUCAAGAACAGCCUCGCAGGGGGUGGCGAGAGCAGCGGCUCGGGUUCCACGCCAAACAUCCAUGACCCGGAUGCACUCACCAAGUCUCCCGGGCCCAGCGGCAGCGGCGACGCAGAGGACAAGGGCAAGGGCAAGGAGGUAGAGCAGCCGGCGGCGGCGGCGAAUCCAUUUACGCAGAUCUCGAGCACGAAGCCGCACACCGAGCCCGACAAUGACCCCGCGACGACGACGCGGAUCCAAUUCCGGCAUCCCAACGGGCGGGUGAUUCGACGGUUCAGCCUACAAGACCCAGUGCGCCGCAUCUACGAGUGGCUCAAGGCGGAGCCGCUCGAGGGCAAGGAAGGCGUCGAGUUUGAGCUCAAGAAGAUGCCGCAGGGCCAGGAUCUGACGGAGAGUCUGGACGCGACGAUUGAGGAAACGGGCCUUAAGCAGGGAACGGUGAUGAUUGAAUUUAUCGAGGAAUGA